AUGAACCGAAAUCCAACUCAAGGUGAUGCCGAUUUCACGACUACUCUUGAAGAUCCGAUCAAACUCUUGAACCGUAUUGAACGAUUCAUAGAGAAGAGUGCCAAUGCUGAAUAUGACUUCUUGGACGUCGCCGAAGCCACCUCACCGUCGGUUCCCUUUUGGACCAAGCCACUCCCAGAUGAUGUAUGCCGAGUGACAACCCAGCCACUGCAUCGGGUAGAGGAGUUUGUGAUUUCGGGGGUGGGCCUGGAGCAGCAGUCUCCACGACCUGUCCUCCACCUGUCAUUAUUCACUGCUUGGGAAUCAGCUUUGGCAGAAGUUGACGAGUACUUUGGAUGGACCCCCGAUGAACUUGAGAUUGUCAGUGAUGAAGCACGGCUGGUGGAGGCCUUACUCUCUGGUCAUCUUUGCGUGAUCAGCGACGGAUCAUACAAGCAAGCCCUGGGAACGGCGGCUGUCCAACUACUCCCACAAAAAGGGGAGAAGGACCGCGUCAUUGUUCGGUGCCAGACUCCCGGCUUGCCCCAGGAUCAAAGCGCCUAUCGGAGUGAACUGAUCGGCUUGCUCCCAGGCAUCAUGGUUGUUGACUGGUUGCUCCAACAGUGGGCGCCUACGCUCCAAUCUAAACCCCGCGUAAGGAUAGCGUGUGAUGGGUUUUCCGCUCUUCUCAAUACCUUUAGUGAUAAUCGAGUCUCCCCUCACCAGGCGCAGUUUGACCUGGUCUCUUCCCUCCCCGAGGCCCUUGCGCGCUCCAAAGCAUCGUGGGAGCCUAGUCAUGUGUAUGGUCACCUUGACCGUGCUACGUCCUUUUCGUCCCUGUUUUGGUGGUCCAAAAGGAAUGUUGAAGUGGAUAAUUGGGCAGUGGCAUACCGCCAUCAGUUGGAGGCUUCUAACCAACUGAUUGCACCCAAUGCUCGCUUCUUUACUGAGUUGGCCGCUCUCUACAUC